AUGAGACAUAAUCAGAUCAUAUUUUAAAGUCUGGAGUGUUAUCAAAAUUAGAAAUAUAACUUUAACAUAAAAAUAAAGCAGUUCGAAGAGAAGUUAUGUAAGGUAUGUUGGUCUGUGUCGAAUAUUGCAGCCGUGGUGCAAAUUUAGUAAAAAAAAUUUAUCAGAAAUGAAUCACUUUUAAAGUCCCUAUUUAAAUUAUAAGAAUAAGAUAUUCUAGAAAUGAAAAAAAUAAAUAGCUUUUUUUCUGGAUAAUUCUGCUAUUUAUGCAGACUUAGAUGA